CGCGCGCGACAUGGAGAUCGCCGUGCUCCUCUUCAACAUCGCGGUGACCAUGUGGCCGGCCGCGGUCUUACUCUUCGUCUACCCCUCGCACAUCCUCGGCGGCGUAUACUUCGCGCUCUUCAACGCGCUCUACCUCCAGCGGUUCAUCCUCGCGAUGCACUACAGCACGCACCGCAGGCUGUUCAAGCCCGGCUCGUUCGCGGGGGAGACGCUCAACAGGCUGAACAUCUGCCUCUACGCGCCCAUGUUCGGCAUCCCGUGCAACACGUACAGGCUCCACCACAUCGUCAUGCACCACGUCGACAAUAACGAGUGGAACAAGGAUCUCAGCGCGACGGAGGCGUACCAGCGCGACAACGUCCUCCACUGGGUCUGCUACUGGGUCCGCUUCAUGGUGGGCUCGUGGGUCGAGCUCCCUUUCUACGCCCUGAUCCGCAAGCGAUGGAACCUCUUCGCGCAGGUCACCGCCGGGUUCGCGCUGACCCUGUCAUCGUGGUACGCCGCCUGGCACUGUGGCUCCGCGCCUUUCGCGGUGUGGACGUGCUUCGUCCCCUUCCUGGCGGUGUCCACCGCCCUGAUGUUUGGCAACUGGUCUCAGCACGCCUUCGUCUGCCCGGUGAACCCCCGGUGCAACUAUCGACUCACGUACGCGGUGCUGAACCAUCCGGACAACCAGCGCUCGUACAACGACGGGUUCCACACUCUGCACCACGCCAACAGCAUGAUCCACUGGAGCGAGUUUCCCGCUAAGUUCAUCGAGAAGCUGGACGAGCACGCGGCGAGAGACGCGCUGGUGUUUAACGAGAUUGGAUUCUUCCACGUCGGGCUCGCGCUCUUCUUCAAGGCGCACGGAUACCUCGCAGAUCACUACGUGAACGUGGGGCAGCCGAAGCGGACGAGGAAGGAGCUCAUCGCGCUCAUGAAGGAGCGCCUCAGGCCCAUGCGCAGUUGGGGGGACAAAGACGAGUUCCCGGAAUCGAAGAAGGCGACGAAGGCGGCCUGACCCGCUCUGCAUUUUAUGUUCAACCCGGGGAGGGAGAUGAGCAUCACCACCCCGACUGUAUGCCUAUGAAGACACAAAGAAGCCAAGCACGGACGCUGGACACCGAGUAUUUAUUCAAUGUCUUAAUUUUGGGGACGACGAUCGGCUCUGAAACGUCGAACCUCGCCGUCCCGGAGGUAGAGAAACGCACGCAUCACAUUCACAUUAUUAUUUGGGGGCAAAACACCGCCGUUCUAAUAUAAAUAAGCAACGCUUC